AUUUCGAACUAGCGGUUAAUGCGCGGAUUUCAAACUCGACAUUUGAUGGCGAACCGUAAAAGGAACAGGCCAGAGGAUUGGGAGGAUUUGGAGCCAUCUCCAGUUAUUCAUAUACGGGAGUUGCCAGAACAUACUCUCGAGCUGGACUUAAUUAGAGUUUUUGAACAGUUUGGCUCUAUUAGGGAUAUUGCAAUGAUUCCACAUAAAGGUCAAGCACUAAUUGAAUUUGAUGACAUCAACUCAGCAGAAAGAGCUGUUGCAAGUAUAAGAUGUUCAGAGAAUGCCGUGAUGUUUGCUAACCACCGAUUGAAAGUUAACUAUAGUACAUCCAAACGUGUGGUCCAUCGACCUCUAGAAAAUGAUAACCAGCACUCCGAAUUGCCUCCCGAAAGCCGUGUACUUAUGUUAACGGUUUACAAUGCUCAAUAUCCUAUCACAGUCGAUGUCAUCCAUCAAAUUACAGCCAAACAUGGACGCGUUUUACGCAUUGUCAUUCUCCGUAAAACCCGAAUACAGGCUAUGGUGGAGUUUAAAAAUACAGAAGAGGCCCGGACUGCUAAGCGGCAUCUUAAUGGGGCCGACAUAUAUUCUGGCUGCUGUACACUGAAAGUCGAGUUCGCUCGUCCUACACGCUUGACUGUUACUCGUAAUGAUCAAGAUUCAUGGGAUUUUGAAAAUCCAUUAUUACUGUCUACCUCACUUAAUGAAGCUGAUGGGCGUGGAGAUAUUUCUCUAUUAGGACGUUUUGAACGUUCACGUGCUCGACACGAAAGCUCAAGGUCUGUUAAUGGUGGCAACUUUGGCUAUCAUGAUGGUUUCAUAAAGCAAAAUGCUGUCGGGCUUAGUGUCCCACCUGCUUCGUUCUUAGACCAGUUGGCUUUAAAUUACCAUGUAUCGAGGCGUGGUCUCGAUGGAUUGAAUGGUCAACCUUAUGCUAGGGCUGCAACUGCUGUCAUAAUGGUAUAUAACAUGGAUAUGGAUCAUAUGAACUGCGAUCGCUUGUUCAACCUUCUUUGUCUCUAUGGUAAUGUUGUUCGUAUUAAGUUUUUGAGGACUAAAGAAGGAUCAGCUAUGGCGCAAAUGGGCGAUAACGUUAGUGUUGAUCGUGUCAUUACUAACCUGUCAGAAGUCCCAUUGAUGGGAAAUGCAUUGUCGAUUCGUCCAAGCAAACAACAACUUAUCCUGGACGUACCGAAACCUUUUGAAUUACCAGAUGGUACCCCAUCUUUCAAAGACUAUUCAGGGUGUCGUGAAAAUAGAUAUAUAAAUCCAGACAAGGCGAGUAAGAAUAGGAUCUAUCCACCAUCACAUACUCUGCAUUACUGGAAUUGUCCUCCGAGUUAUACCCCAGAGGAACUACGCAAGUUGAUUGUUGAAUGUGGUGCUUCACCACCUCGCCAAAUUGCACCUUUCCCAAGGAUUAGUGAUAGAUCCUCUUCAGGCCUUGUAGAAUGGGGAACAAAAGAUGAAGCCGUUACUGCCCUUGCUUUGUGCAACCACCAAGCUAUUCCAAACACCGAAGGUCGUUAUCCAUUUCUUCUUAAACUGUCAUUUUCAAGCUCUCCUGUCAAUGACCGGGCAUUUUCAGGUUCAAAGAAGAUUGGCUCAUCAAAUAUUGGAAAGUCAGCAGCAUCCGUAGACUCUAGCGAGUAUGAAUAGUUAAUGGAUAGAUCCGUUGAAUCUUAUUGUAUUUUCGAGUCGCAUGUGUGUGAAUUCAUACAUGCAGAAGAGCAAUCGGACAGCACCAGUCAAGGAUGAUGAAACAUGUGCCAAAGUGGUUUCAUGAUCAUUUAGUUUCGAACAACUCGAUUAUUUCAGGGAGUGGGGAAUCAUGUUCCUCAAUAACAAGACACAAUUUAUCCUCUUUUUGUUUUGUUGCGAAAAGUGACAACCCGAAGUGGCUUUUUGACACGACUUUCUGCGUUGUAUUCAUUAAAACUGUUUCACUAUUCAGUUGGUCACUUUGUUCAUUCGUGUCACCACGUUAUCGUGUUUGGUAAAUAUCUUAUAAUUAGGCCGUAUUGUUUAUAGAAGAGUUUGCUUUGUGCUAUUUACUCAUCGAUGCAUCUUGUCUCUGGACUAUUGGCCAUUUUCUACGUAUUUAUUUGCGUUCAUGAUUAUGUGUACAUUGUUCGACUAAAAAAUGUCAUCGAAUAGCACUUCUGUUCAUCUGUAUGCCUAACAACUUUUGUUCAUGAAUGAAUAUCUUUUGAGUUUCACAAUUUCUUUAUUGAUACUGACCUUUUUAAUCCAUACAGUACACGACACACGUUAUGUACAUUACUUCUACUAAUUAAAAACUCCAUUUCCUGUAUAAAUGUUAAAUACAAAUAACGGAUUUCGCCAAUGCAUAUGAAUACAUUUAUGCUAAACCCGCAUAUAAAAAAAACAUGCGUUAGGGUCACAACGCUUUCUACUAAAUAUCAAGUGAUUACAUAUGUUUAUUCAUCUUAUCUACUAAAUUAAAAAUUUGUAAUCGAGUCAAUUUUUCGCAAUCAGAUACUAAUUAAUUUAAUGGAUUGUCGAGUCAGGUUAGCCGAAUUUUAUGAAUUCUUGUAUUAUGACGUAACAGUUCGUGGGUUUUAGUUAAAAUGGACUUUUCAGUGAAUUUUUGUUCACAGUUAUUUCGUAGUAAUAGUUUAAAUCAUUUUCUUUUAGCUAAACAAAAGUGAACUGUUCAUGUUAUCCUAUAUAAGUAACAUUCUUUGAUUAGCUUUCACCUGUGUCGGUCUACAGUUUAUUUCUGUUUUUAAUUCAAGUGAAUAUAACAACAUAGGAUUUCUGAAUAUUUGAAGUUUCUUCAAUAAAACUUUUGUGACAACAGAAUUCACAUUAUCUCCAAUGUGUAGUUUAGUUAGCUAGGUUUCAAUGAGAUUGUUGUUUAAAUUUUAUUCGUAGUUAUGGUACCCUAAUGUUCAUCUUUAAAAACACUAAUAUCGUUCGACCGAAUUCAUUUGAUUAGUUCUUAUUUUUCGAUUGAACCAAGAAUCAAUCAUUCUCUUGUUUUCCUUGCACUUUAUUUAUUUGCCUUCUAUUAACUUCAUUAUUUUCGUAAUCCUUUGCUACUAGUUUUUUGAAACAUAAAUAACGUCUUUCGGUUUCUGUAGAGUUCUACUUGGUCAUAUUUUUACCGGGUUUUUCUGACUAUUCUGUUUACUCGUGGAAUAUGGUUUGAAAUAGUUUUUGGGGUUAUGUGGAGUGUUAUGUCAGUAAGCAUAUUGCUAAUAUGUUACAUGAAGGUGUUCAUAUUACAUUGUAAUAACAAUAUUUUAAUUUGACAUUUGAUAUACAUAAUUCUCAAAACAUUUAUUAUAAAUUCAUGGCCAAAUAUCAUAACAAACUAUACAAGUUAAAAAUAUCCAUGCUCUAAUUGUUCAUUGUUUCCCCCAUCAGACUAUCCGUUCAACAUAACAAACGAACACAGCAUUUGUCAUCAAAAUUUAUUAUCAUAUUCUUCACAUGGUGAUUCCUGUGGUACAACAAUCAACGCAGUCGCACUAUGCAUUCAACUAAAUUACAUAAUCGCAUAUUGAAGCUGAACCACACAUCAAUCUUCAACGUCAAUUUAUUAUUUCAAUUUAUUCAUACUGUCAUUCUUCCCUUUUCUGUUUAAUUAGUCUUCAUAUAUAUCUAUAUCUAUAUAUGCAUCAUUGUCAUUUAUUAAAAUUGGUGUGUCUAUUACUUGUCGCUUGCCUAUUGGCUUUAACUAUUGCUAACUGACACUCAUGAAUAUGGAGAUGGCAUUUUUAAAAAAAUUCUAAUACAAUUUUGAUGCUAACUGUUUUCUGUUUAACUGACUAUAUGUUUAUGUGUUCCUGACACCGUUAUUUUAAUGUUUAUUUGCAUGCUAUUUUCGCAUUUAGGACUUAUAAGUGGGUAAAUUUAUUAUGUUUUCGCAGUAAACAUAUAUCCUGAAUAGUUAAUUGUCGGUUUUAUGUCUGGUUUGACUAUUCCUAUUGGUUUUGUUGAUUACAACAUACCAUUAUUUUCGUGAUCAGUGUACUUUGUCAGUUCCCAUAUAUAAUUUGCAGGUAUUUUUUGUUUGUGCGUUUUCUUUGACUAUCUCUGAUUGUUCAUACUUUGUUAGUGCAUUUAAAAAUAAUGUACACAAAUAAAAACAUUCCCUUAACAAUCUUACACAGAAAUAAAUGUGAAAGGCUCUUCAUGCAUUUUACUGUAUAACUGACGACGUUGAUUUCUCAUCUGCUUGAUGCAGAUUUAAAUAAAUAAUGCGGAAGUAAGAUUUUUGAAAAUAAAUAAAAUGGUCACAUUCUAUUGACCAGUUGGGCUUUGUAUGUUUUUAAAUACAUAUAUUUGAUAAAAUCCUCAGAUCAGAAUAUUGCAACAUACUCUCAUCUGAACAUGAUAUAGAUUUCUUCUUACGGACUGAUAUAAUGAAAUCCCAACCUUGAUAUAUUGAACAACAUAUUUUUGUGCAGUAUUCUGCGUUGUAUUACGGCCGUUUAAUCAUCAGUAUACUUGAUUGCAUUCAUCAUAUUCAACCAUAGAUUAUGUAAUAUUCUUUUGUCUUUUGCAUACUAUUAACUAAAACGACUGUUUGAUCCAGCAUAAAUUAGGUUAAAAAUAUUCAGUAGGACAAUAAAAUCUCAUUAACAAUUAUAUAUUUGAAUUUAUUUCAACUGAUGUCUGCAGUACAAUUGAGCUGUAUGUGUUGCAUUUAAUAUUCGUGUUUCAGCAUAUAUGUGUAUACAAAUGUGACACUGCUGAAGUGGGAAUGUGCAGAAGUAUAUGUAAUUUCAGUAUCACUUCCGUAGGUGUUUAGUUUACUGCUUUACUAUUUACAUUUUAAAAUUUUGCCUUCUAUAUUAGGUCACUUUGAUUUCCUCAAGUCACUAUUAACAUGUGCGUUUUUUCCUAACACAUAAGCCAACUUUUAGCUAAUCGAAAUCAUUAGGAAUUUUGUUUAUUGCGUAAAAAAUUUCCAUAUAUUCUGGAGUUUUUCACCUUGUUUGAUUUUAAUCAUUUUAGACAGUUUCCCUUCGUCUUUAUUUAUUAGUUUCUUGGUGAAUGAAUAAAAAAGAUAUCUUCUGUUUAUGUAAUGAAAGUUUUUCUAGCAUUCAAAUGAUACAUUUUGUCUUAAUAACUUCUUGAAAUUUGUUAGUUUUUUCUGAUUUUAUCUUCAUUGUAUUCAGUUUACUGAGCACGUAGAACUAAAAACACUUCACUUAUUUGUUCUUUAGCAUGACAGAUAUGUGCAUAAUAUAUUUUCAGUAAUUGUAUAUAAUUACAUAAUUUCAUGUACAUGUGGUGAAAAUCAUCCUGUAGUGAUCAAUACAACUGUAUUUCAUUGUCUUUAUGGACACAUAAACCAAAGAUGAACUUAUUCAGCCUACGUGAAGUUCCACUAUGAUCAAAAUAUUAUGAUUUAUGUUCGAUAUGUGUAGAAAAUUUAGAUGUAUUUACAUUGUCAAAUAUAGUAAAGCAGUGAGAAACUUUUAGUCGACGUUUUUUGAAACGCUAAUUUCUUUCAAGUGUAUUAGCAGACAAGCUUUUUCUUUAGAUAUGAUUAGCAGAUGUCUAAGUCUUAUAUUCAAUCCUAGAAAGCCGGAAAAAUAUCAGUUAGCGAUUCCUAUUAUUGCCGUUUAUAGUUUAAGGUAUGUUGGUGGUCUUGGCUAUAAUUUUCAUUAUAGCCGUGUUAUUUAAGCAGAAAGUAACAAGUAUGAUUAAAAACUGGCUUAAUUAACUAGGCCAGUUUUUUGGCCUAGUUA